AUGAAUUAAAGUUUUUUUGGCUUAUUUUAGAAAAAUGAUAAUAAGUAAGUAAUAUCAUUAAGUCAAAACAUUACAUUUGAAAGGGUUAAACACUUUUCAAACAAUAACUAGAAAAUAAAUACCAUUAGCUAAUCACAGAGUAACUCAACCUACUUAAGUUUAACUGAUGCAGAAACAAAUAAGCUUUAAGAGAUGAGCUGUUAAAAUGUAAAUUAACUGGAUAAUUUAUAAGCGAUUACUCAAAUUUAGCAUCAUGAUAAAGUUUUUAAAGAAGAAUAAGAUUGUUCGAGUUUGUUGAAUUUAAUAAGUAAUAUUUCAGUUAAUAAUAAAAAAUAUAUAGGCCAGUACAAUAAAUAUUAAAGCAUUGCUGCUUCUUUAUAGCCUAAAGUGCCUUAAAAAAUGAGCUAAAGUGAAUUGAGCUUAUGCGAUAAGGCGAAGUUAGAUUAAGAAAGCUAACUUUAUGAUAAAAAAUUAAACUCUAAUUUCUGCUUUAAUCUUUUAAUUAAUUUUAGAAACUAAAUUACAAACAUAAGCGUAUCUUAAGUUCAAAGAAGAAAUCUUUUGAAUUUAAUUUAUAAAAACAAAAACAAACAAUUUAAUGAUAAAUUAAUUAAUUUCACUUGCAAAUAAUAUCAUUCACUUAAAUUCAAACCCAAAACUGAAAACAAAUCUUUGUUACUUGAUCAGAAAUAUUUCGGAAAGGAAAAAACCUUUGAAGUAAAAAAUUAAAUCUUAAUAGAUAAAAAAAAGUUAAACUAAAUCGGUGUUUAGCUCAUAAAUUAAUAAGAUAUUGCCCACUAUAAAAAUUGUAUUCAUAAUUAAUCUGAUUAAUUAAACAAAACAAGCAAAUCUUAAAUUAAUUAGAACAAAAAUUAACUACUUCAAAAAAAUUGCAAUAAAGCAGAAGAUUCUAUAUUUUCAAAGAACAUUUCCUUUUAAUAUAAUGAAUAAACGAAUGCUAAUGAGCAUAUAAUUUGUAUGAAAUAAAUUUAAUUAGAUGAAAAAGCUUCAUUAAAAUUAUCUAAAAUAAUUAAUACAAUGAAUACAAAAAAUUAAUCAAUAUUCUAAAGUUAAAAAAAUAAAAUUUUAGGAGGAGGAAUUUGUGGAAGUAAAGAGAAUGCUUAUUCAUCAAAAUAAGUUUAUGUUAAACAAUAAUAAGAAUUGCAAUAAAAUAUACCUUAAAUUUAUAAUAAAUUGUAAGAUUAAACUGAGAUUGUUAAAGAAAAACACGAAAAACCUUAAUUAAAUGAAUUAGAAAGGUUUAAUAUGUCUUAUGAGGAAUAUUUUACUUCAAAAAAAUUAAAUGAAAAUGAAAUAGAAAAUGAAGUAAAGUUUAUUAUUAAGAAAAUACUUUAUCCGUUAAAUGAUUACAUAGGCACUUAAGAGAUUAGAGAUAAAGUGAUUGAUGUGAUUAAUUUGUUGAUAAACUAUUUAUUAGUAAUCAUAUUUAGUAAAAAGUAAAGUGCUACUGAAAAACAAAUUAUCAAAUUAAAUAAAAAGUUAUAAAGUCUCAGAUUGUAUUGUGAUGAGAACAAAGAAAGAUUUCCAUGUUUGAGCAUUUAUCAAUAUUGCGAUAUAUUGAUUUAGUUAAAUUCUUAAAGAUUAAAAUUGGAUGAAGUCAAUUUAGGUAGUGACUCAUUAUAUUUAGUUUAAAAAAUCGCUUAAGUUGCUAAAUAUGGAGCUGGAUUUGUUAGCAUAAAAGGAGCUACUAAAAAUGUAUCAGAAACUGAGUUAAUUGAAAUGAAGAAUUGUUUUAACGAAAUUAAAUCAAUUAUUUCUUAAAAUCGUACUUAGGGAGGAACAAUAAAUACUAUUUAAGAUAUUAAAGAGAAUAAUAUUGCAUAAAAAAUAUAUGGUUUAUUUUUGAAGAAAGUCGAUGUUAUAGGAGAUCAAUUUUUAGAAAAUGAUGGAAUUGAAGAAAUUAUUUUCUUAUUGGAAGAGAUAAUAAAUAUUACAGAUAAUGAAAGUAUAAUAUUUUUCUAUAUGUAAUUGAACUAUUUGUUGUCUAAAUAGAAAAAGAAGGAUGGCUUUAAAGAGCUUUUGUAGAGGUUAGAAAAAGAAAAUAAGACAGACUUAAUUAUGAAAUAAGAAAGUUUCGUUUAAAUUGAAGAAAUUUAUACUGUUGAAAAACGUAGAAGUAUUGCUAAUCUGAUAGCAUAGUAUAAUUAAUUUAGAUUCAUAAGAUCUGAAUUGCUUAUGAGUUUUGCUCAAAUAUUAAAACUAUCAAAUAGAACUGAAAAACAGUUUACAUCAGUCAUGAUAACGAUUGUCUCAAAUUACUUCUAAGAAAAAUAAAAAGCAGUAAAAAUUGUCUCUGAAGAGAAUUUAAUUAUGGCUGAUUUUAUUAACAAAUAAUUAGAAAAAAGCAAAAUAAUAGCUGAAAUAAAUUACUCUAAAUAAUAAAUUUAUUAACUGCUAGACCAUAAGUAAUAAUACAAUCAGUUUGCAUAUGAAAUUAAUAAUGAUAGAGAAUUGGAAAUUCAUUUAACAAAAUAUUCUGUGAUUGCUUGGGUAUAAAGAUUAAAAGAAAUUCAACAAGAUCUUUAUUUGAAUUAUAAAGAUGAGUUAUUGAUAGAAGUAAACAAUUUGUAUGUUGAUUAAUAGAUAACUUAUUAAGAAGGUUUUAAAAUUAACACUGAUGAAAAAGAUGCAUUAAAUUAAAUUAUCAAUCAAUUUCUCGUCCCUAACUUUGUGAUUUCUUCAGAUGAAACUAAGCAGUUGCAGAAUCAAUUUGAUGAUAAAAAUUUUAAUUAAAAUCUUUAGAUAUUUUAAUAAAAUGAUUAAUAAGAAUAUCAACAAUAAGAGAGAAGAAAUGUUAAUAAUGUCUAAUGUAAAAUUUUAUCAAUUUUAGCAGAAAGCGGAUGUGGAAAGUCAACGCUUUUAAAAAAACUUUAAGUUGAAUUACUUCAUCGUAAAUCUUGUUAUACAAAGAAUAAUAAAUCUGAUUUCAUACCAAUUAUAAUUAAGUGUAAAUAAUUGGAUAGAUAAAAACCAUCUAUUGAAGAUUAUCUUGAAUCUGAAAACUUAGACAAAAAUUUUAUAGAAAUUUUAAAGAAAUCUGAAAAAAAUAAAUUAAUCAUGCUUGAUGGGUUUGAUGAAUACGAUGGUGAAUAUUUUCAGGUCUACCAAAAAUUAAAACUUAAUGAAUGGGUUAAUACAUUAGUAAUUGUCACUUCUAGAUUAGAAAAGAUUGCUGUUACUGAUGCUUAAAAUUACUUUAAAUACUAUAAUUAAUAUGGAAACUAAGGCUAGAGUGAUUCUUUUACUAUUGUCAAGCUUGAGAAAUUCACAGAUUCAGACAUUUUUGAAUAUUUACAAAAGUUUGAAAAAUAAAAAUCUUCAGAAAAGCAAUAACAUAAUCAGAUCAAAUAAUUAAUAAACAGAUUCGAAUAAUUAAUUGAAUUAAUUAGAACUCCAAUUAAUUUAUACUAUUUAACAAGAAUGACUAAAGAUAUCAAUCUUAACGAUGAAGCUGUUUAUUUUGCUUUCUAAGAAGUUUCAGAUUAAAUAGAAUUAUUUGAAUUAUUCUUUUAACAAAUUUUCAAUAAAAAAUCUAAAAUAUUCAUUUAAUAGCAAAAACAUUUAAAUUUGAAUGAGAACUAAAAACAUGAAAUCAUUGAAAAAAUUUAAACUUGCUUCUUUGAAUAUUUUUAAUCUAUUGCAAUGCAAAUAUUUCUUUAGAAAGGUUAAAAACCAAAUUAUCUUUCAAUAGCAAAAAUUCAAAUAAAAUUUUAGCCAAAAGAAUAAAUUUUAGAAUUCCUCUAAAAAUAUUAACUAAAAACAGAAGAAAUAAACAAUUUAUUUAACAAUUUUAACGAUCCAAGAGUGGUGAAAAUAAAUUAUUUUAAUCAAAGAGAAAACAAAAACAAUUUAAAAAAUGAAAAUCCAACUUAAAUAAAAUUUUUUGAAAAUGAACAAGAAUUUGAGUUCAGGUUUAAAUCGCUCUAUGAAUAUUUUGCUGCUAGAGCUAUGAAAUACGAUUUUGAUUUACACAAAGAAGAAAUCUUUAAAUUAGAUAUUCAAUAACUGAAGCAAUUUUAAAUUAACAAAAAAGUUAUAAUGAAUUGCUAAUCAAAUACAUCUGAUCAAUAAAUUCUUUUGAAUCUUUAUAAAUUAAUUAAACUUAAUUUAGAUUCAUUAUCUUUUAAGUACACAUAUGCUUAAUAAGAUUUAUCAUAAACGAAUAGAUACAUAUAAUUCUUAAAAAAAUCUACAAUUUAAAAACACACAGAAAAGAGCUAGAUAGACAUUGGAGCGUCUAAUUUAUUGUCAGCUUUGUUUAUUUCUAAGUUCUUGUUUGUCAAUUUAACUUUCUACAAAAACUCAUUCUCACAAGCUUAUUUGCCUUCUAAAAAACUCAUCAAAUUUUAAGAUUGUAAUUUAGAUAACGCUUUCAUUAACAAAUAAAAUUUAGAAAAUUGUGAAACUUCAAACACAAAUAACGCUCUUUUCGGUGAUUUCGAGAAUUUAUUUGACACAAAAGACAUUUAUUAAUUUAACAAAGUAAUAUUUUACAAUAAAACUCUUAUUUCUAUAACAAGAACAGGAUUUAUUAAUUAAUUUGAAAUUACUGAAAAUAAUUCUUGUAAAAUAUUGAAAUCAAUUCAGAUCACGACAGUUCCCUUGAGAGCUAUUCAUUUUGUCAUAAAUAAAAAUAUAUUCGUUUUAAGAGGGAGAAAGUCUUUGUUUGAGGUAGAUGCUCAAACUUUUGAGAGAACUAACUCUUACACAUUCUCAUAUGAUAUAGCAAACUCAUCAAUCAAUGAAUUAAAAUAUAUUGUUACCUUAGAGAAUAAAUAAGUAUUUUAUGGAGAUAUUUAAAAUGGAUUUAUUUUAUUAGAUCAAAAUAAAAUAUAAUCUGAAUAAUCUUUGUCAUUAAAUGAUCUGAUUUUCACUUAUCUCAAUAAUUAAAUUCACAUUUACAGUUUAUAAAAUCUCUAAUUCAUAAAGACAAUACAAAACUGUAAAAUUGAUUUAAACAUAUCUGCCUUUUCUCCAGAUGGCAAAUAUCUUGCAACUGCAGGUUUAAAAGAUAAUUUUUUAUAUAUCUGGAAUGUUCAAUAAGGAUUUUAACUCGUUAAUACUAUUCAAGGACAUUCAGAUUUUAUUUUUUCAGUUGCUUUUUCUUCUGAUGGAAAGUACAUCGCAACAGGUUCAAAAGAUAAAACUUGCAAAAUCUGGGAUGCUGAAAAAGGACUUCAACUCAUAAACACAAUUCAAGGACAUCAUUAAACAAUAUUAUCGGUUGCUUUUUCUGAUGAUGGAAAAUAUCUUGCAACUAGCUCACACGAUUAAACUUGUAAAAUCUUUAAUAUUUUAUAAGGAUUUGAGUUUAUAAACACUAUUUAAGGACAUGCAUAAACUAUUAACUCAGUUGCUUUUUCUCCAGAUGGCAAGUACUUAGCAACAGGUUCAGGCGAUAAUACUUGCAGAAUCUGGAGUGUGGAAAAAAAGAAAUUUUAUCUCUUAAACAUUUUACAAGGACAUAAGAAUUAAAUAAAUUCAGUUGCAUUCUCUGCUGACAGUAAGUAUCUUGCUACUGGUUCUUAAGAUAAUACUUGCAAAAUCUGGAAUAUCGAAAGAGGGUUUCAACUUAUUAAUACAAUUUAAGAUCAUUUUUCAUCAAUAAAUUCUGUAACUUUUUCUCCUGAUGGGAAAUAUUUUGUUACAGGUUCAAGUGAUAAAAGUUGCAAAAUUUGGAGCGUAGAGAAAGGAUUUUAGCUGUUUAAUAUUAUUUAAGGACAUUCUUAAGAAAUUAAAUCAGUUGCUUUUUCUGGAGAUGGCUAGUUACUAGCAACAGUUUCAUCUGAUAAUACUUGCAAAAUUUGGAAUUCUCUAUAUGGAUUUUGCUUCAUUAAUAAUAUUCAAGGACAUUCACAACCAAUUACUUCUGUUACAUUCUCUGUAGAUGGAAAAUAUUUAGCAACAGCUUCCGAAGAUAAAACUUGCAAAAUCUGGAAUUUAUUAAACAAUUGCUAGAUCCUAAAAACUAUUCAAGGACACACUUCAAAAAUUAAUUCAGUUUCCUUUUCAGCAGAUGGAAAAUAUUUAGCUACUUGCUCUGAAGAUAAAACUUGUAAAAUUUGGAAUACCCAAAAUGAAUUCUAAAUGAUAAAAUCAAUUGAAGGACAUGUUUUAGAGGUUAAUUCAGCUUCUUUUUCUCCAAAUUCCAAGUACCUCGCUACAGGUUCUUCAGAUAAAACUUGCAAAAUUUGGUGCAUAGAAAAAUUAUACCAUCUCAAUAAUUCAAUUGAAGAACAAUCAAUUUUUGUUAAUUAAGUUACAUUCUCUUAAGACUGUAAAUAUCUCGCAGCCUGUUUAGAUAACAAUACAUGCAAAAUUUGGAGAGUUGAUAAAGGAUUUGAUUUUUUAACUACAAUCUAAGGCCAUUCAAAAGCAAUUAAUUCAGUUGCUUUUUCUGCGGAUGGCAAGUAUCUAGCAACUGGUUCUUCUGAUUCUACUUGCAAAAUCUGGAACGCACAUAAAAGAUUUGAGCUUUUAUAAACAAUUGAUGCAGAAAUUCAUCAUAUUACUGCAGUGGCAUUUUCUUUAAAUGGGAAAUAUCUCGCCCUAGGUUCUUAUUUUGCUUGUAAAAUCUUGGAUGUAGAAAAAGGAUUUGAGGUCAUUACUAAAAUUUAGGAAAAUACAGAAAAAAUAAACUCAGUUGUUUUCUCCGAUGACAGCAAGUACUUUGCUACAGGUUCAAAUGAUAAAACUUGCAAAAUAUACACAGCAGAAAAUUACUUUUAACUAGUAAGCACUAUUUCAGGACAUACUUCUUUUGUUUAUUCGGUUGCAUUUUCUGCAGAUGGGAGAUUUCUAGCCACAGGUUCUUAAGAUAAAACUUGCAAAAUUUGGAAUAUGAGAUAAGGAUUUGAGCAUUUAAUAACGCUCUAAGGACACACAUUUGAAAUCAACUCAGUUGCAUUUUCUCCAGACAGUAAUUUCCUUGCAACAGGUUCUUAUGACAAAACGUGUAAAAUAUGGUGUGUAAAUUAUGGAUUUUAGCUUAUAAAAAAUAUUGAAGCUCAUAUUUGGAUAAUCAGUUCACUUGCAUUUUCUACAGAUGGAAAAUAUCUAGUGACAGGUUCUCGUGAUAAGACUUGCAAAAUCUGGAACCUUGAAAAGGGUUUCGAUAUGGUUAAUAAAAAUUAAGAUAAUGAUAUUAAUUCAGCUUUAUCUUAAUAUAAUAUGAUACAAAGUUAAAACAAUAUAGUUUAAUUUAAUGGAGUUGAAAGAAUGUUUUAGCUGCAAUACGAACUGUGA